GAGAGCCAUCUUCUGUGGUGGGUUCAAAUUCAGUUUACAUGUUGUAUUACUGCUUGUCCCAACUUGCAACAUUAUUUUCAUAUCAGUUUGCUUUCUUUUGCCAUCUAAUUCUUCAAAUUCCUCUGAUUUGUUAUCAUCUUUCACAGGUUAGCCAUCAUACAGGUCGAAUCCACUUGUACAUUUGUGUUCCAGGACAUGAUUCAAGACCCAGACCACUUUUUCAGAAUUUUCUGCCUGAAGAAGUAGAAUCACCUUUAUGCUCUAGUAGUGACAAGAAAGCAAGUAGGCAGCUCUUGACUAAUCCAGCAUUUUGCAAUAUGUUCAAAGCAUUUGUAAAAGAAUGGUUAGAACUAAGACCAAUUGAUCAGAGGAAACUCCUGGGAAAGCCGUUACAGCUUCCAUUGAGCCUUGAGUUGUGCUAUCUGACAAAUAGCAUCAGCCACAGUACACAAGGAUUGAUUAAAGGGGGGAGUAAGAGGCGUAUAGCUCCAUUGAGUGUUGUCAGUGAUCAUUUGCCUGAAAAUGCUGAAUGGAGAAAGGUGGUUUUACGUCGUGGCACGACUAAAGAGAGAGAAUACACUCAAGGCUGGACUACUGAUGAUGAGCCUCUCUGCAAAUUAUGUCAAAAACUUUGCAGUGGGAAUCUUGCGAAAUCACCCGAAUAUUUUGAAGAUCUAUUCUGUAAGCUUGAUUGCUUCCGGUUGUACAGAUUGAGAACCAACCAGAGUGCCCUGCGGCAGGCACUGUUUCAAAUAGAACAUGGUAUAUGUUCCCAGUGCAAGCUUGACUGCUGCAAGCUCGUCAAACAUAUUAAACCCCUCAGCAACCAAAAGAGAGAAGCACACAUCAGGAGUGUUGCUCCAAAUAUUGCAUGUAGGAAGAAGCUGCUAGCAAAGCUUGUCGAAGAGCCAACACGGGGAAAUGCUUGGCAUGCAGAUCAUAUAGUACCUGUGUAUAAAGGAGGAGGGGAAUGCACACUCGAGAAUAUGAGGACGCUUUGCGUGGCUUGUCAUGCUGAGGUCACCAAAGAUCAGCAAAAGGAGCGAAAAGAAGCAAGAAAAGAAGAAAGAAGGAAGGCCGAAGAGCUUCUGAGAAAUGCUGUGAAUCAGCUGAAGGAUGAUGCAUGUGAAGCGACAGAAGACGACGAUUCUUGGUUGGUUACAGUCCCUGGCAGUGCCUACUCAGCAGUACCGCAGGCUCCUCUUACGCCCAGAAAAUAGCAUGUUAUGGCACUAGUACACCUGGGACGGUUAUUUUGUGGUCUCAUUGGACAGAUGUUUUGUGCAUGUGUUGAAUGCGAUACUCAUGUAGAAGUAUGUAUUUUCCUUUAGUUGCAAAUCUGAUACCAUCUUCAGUCAACCUUUUGUUGUCAACUGAAGAAGGUUGGUAGAAUUAUGCAACCCAAUUGCAACCAAGUCAGCUACUGUCGCAAAACUCUUACAUAUACUUGGAGGCAAUAUUGUGGUAUGCUGCUGCUGUAAGAUUUGUUUCAAUUCAUUUAAAGAAUCUGGACACUGCCAUCCAGUUCCAGGA